CGGCAGGUGACCGUUGAACCCUCAACCCCAUUCCUCCCGCUGAGAGAUGGCUGGAGGGUGAGGUCCACCUCCACGGAGACACGCAGCCCUCACAGCUCCGCUCCUCCUCUCCCUCCCAACAUGGACUGAUCCCUCACCCGGGACACUAUAAAAAGUCUGCUCCCGCUGAAGUUGAUCAGUCUCGUCACCAACUCCACCAGACCACCAUCAUGAAAUUCCUGGCUCUUGCUCUUGCCCUUUUGGCUGUCGGCUCUCAUGCCGCUACCCUGCAGGCUGAUGCACCCUCCCAGCUGGCCCAGAUCCGGUCCGCUGUGGAUGUGUACAUGCUUCAGGUGAAGGAAGGUGCCAUCAAAGCUCUUGACCAGCUCGAUGACACUCCAUACCAGGAGCUCAAGGGCACCCUGGCUCAGCGCCUGGAAGACCUGCACACUCAGAUCAAGACCCUGCAGACCUCUGUCUCCCCCAUGACCGACAGUGUUGUCACCACCAUCAGCGACGCCACUGCCGACCUGCGUACCUCCAUCAUGAACGACAUCGAAGCCCUGAAAGCCGACCUGGAGCCCAAGCGCGCCAAGCUGAGGGAGGUCCUGGAGAAGCACAUGGAGGAGUACCGCGCCCACAUGGAGCCCAUUGUCAAAGAGUACUACGCCAAGCAGUCCGCUGACAUGGAUGCUCUGAGGGCCAAGAUGGAGCCCAUUGUGGCAGAGCUGCGCCAGAAGAUUGCCACCAAUGUGGAUGAGACCAGGGCUGCCCUGAUGCCCAUCGUGGAAUCUGUGCGCACCAAGCUGGUCGAGCGCCUGGAGAACCUGAAGCAGAUGGCCACUCCUUACGUCGAGGAAUACAAGGAGCAACUGAAGCAGGCCUACAGCCAGGCUCAGUCCAUCAAAGGCGAAGACCUGACUGCCCUGAGGGAGAAGAUUGCACCUCUUGCAGAGGACAUCAAGGAAAAGUUCACAGCCAUCUUUGCGCUCGUCGCCGAAACCUUCACCAAGAACUAAAUCAUCUCUGUUCCUUUCACUAACCUCAACUUUCUGUCUGUACAUCCAUUCCAACUUUCUGUCCAUUCCCUUUUCCCUCACAAACACACCACCCUCCACAUGAAGCUAGAGCCUAUGCGAUGAAACAAAGUGGCUGGACUUUCUCUCUUUGAUGCAAACUUCAUCCGCACAAGCAAGCACGCACAGAGACACAUACAUAUCCAACACACACAUGCUUCGCCCAUCACAUGUCAACUGCUAACAUUUUGUGUAAGAAUUGUAUGUGAAUUACCACAAAAGUUUGAACCUCUGUGUAAUUAUGAAACCAGUGCUUCGAUAAAAUACAGCCCAAUAAACAACUGACUGUAUACAUCCUUCUUCUCUGUGACUUUAUUUUUGUUUAAACUGAAAAGGAGAACGCAUAGGCGCUAUACAGCAUCUACUUUGAUUACCACACUCGGGAAAGAUGUAUCAAAGCAGAUAAUAUUUUGCUCAAUGGAAUUUUAAAAGAGCAAUGUUCUCCCCCCCCCAAAAAAGAGUACAUAUUUAUUUAUGUUGGAGUGUUGUUGACCUUCAUAGUCCCUUGAGCUAAGAUACACACGGCAUUUUGAGGGGCUAUCAUUGAUCAAAGAGGUCCUCUGGAAAAAUAAGACUGAAAUGGUUCUACUUGGGAUUGGCAUUCAGUUCUUUAUCAGACAU